AUGAAAUAAGGAAGAAUGGUAGCAAAAAUCAAAGAACGCAAGGAAAAUGAGUUAAAAUGUUGGUUGAAUUUAAGUUGGUGGUGCCAUCCUCCGUAAAUCGUCAAACUACAUAUCAAGUAAGGGAACCGGAGCUUUUCGAAGCUUUCAGUCGAGCACGCGCUUUCCUGACGUCAACAUGGAUCUUCGUGCGGCUUUUCUCUUGCUGGCCAGCGUCGGGACGCUUUCCAGUGUAACCGGAAGAGCCGUGAACAUAAGCAACACCUGGGUAUUACCUGAAGAAGGUUUUCCCGUCUUCUACCGUUACUUCCGAGAUCGGAUUUCGUGGUACGAAGCGGAUGCAGUGUGCCAGUUUCAUCACGCCAAUCUGGUCACCGUUGAUUCUACGUCCCAAUACGAUGCCAUAAGAGCUUAUCUAAGGGAACUGGACAUCACCGAGAGUAUUUGGAUAGGUCUUCAACGAAAUAGCAACAAACCCGAGUUUAUAUGGACCGAUUUCCAUCUUUUAACCAACAACGACCAUUGGCAAGAACCCAUUCCUAAAGUUACCGAAGCACUCUGCGUUUCGAUGGACCCCGCAACUGAUUAUAGGUGGCACCCAUUAACUUGUGGGGGUCCAUCUGUUUCGUCUUUCAUCUGCGAAUUACCAGUUCCAACUUGGGCCACAGGACCAAAAGGCUGUCUCUUAACCGAGUUACCAUCUUUAACGGUUCUUUACAACCCAGAACAAUCAGCUCUUGAAUUGACUUCCGAUUGUGGGUUAGAUGGAACGAAAAGAAUUGCGUGUAAAGGAAAUGCUAACCGGGAUCAAAUGAUAAAGCAAUUAGCUUGCACUAUAACCGAUGAUUUUGAUGAUAAAUCAACUAAAUUACCUGCAACAACUCAACAUUCUCCGAUUACCGAAAACGAUGAAUUUACCAAUACUGUUUAUGAGUAUUCUUCAUCAACGAGGCAUAGAAGAGAUACGGAGGCGACCCAAAAACCCACAGAAAGUGGAGUUUUUGAAAUAAGUACAAGUUUUUAUCAACCAACUUCUUUGACUGUGGGGGUUUCAACUAAUUUCUCUCCGAAAACGUCCAAUUCAGAAACACCGUCAAGGGAAAUAAUGGAGGAGUCAACCACGUUUAAACCGGAAGAUACUUCAUCAAUUGAAAAUUUUGAAAGUAGCAGUGUUGAUUUUGAAACGAGCGAUUUUCCAAGUGUAAUAAAUCAAGGGCAACUCUUUGGGAUUAUAGAAAAUGGAACUAAUUAUGAUAUAAUCGAGCUAAACGAAACUGGUACCGAAGAAAGUGUCAAAAAAGAGGGUGUAAUAAAUCAAGAAAUGAUUAAAGAAACAUUUAAAAAAGUUUCAAAAGAAUUUUCAGAAACUCCAAUUGAAGUUGUAUCAACUUCACAAUCGAUUCAAAAAGAAUCGCAAUCAUCAAAACUCUUAAAGAAAUUGUACGGAAAAAAUUUAAACGAUCUUCAACAAAGUGAUGAUAAAACGCUUAAUAAAGAAGUGGAAAUGAUUCCUCCACUUCCCGGGAGUCCGAUGAUGAAAUUAAAUAGAACCCAUCGAAAACAAUUACCGAUUAUAGAAGAUUUCGAUGAUAACGACGAGAUUGAUCUUGAUAUUGAUAAUAAAUUGAUCGAAAAAGAAACCGAAGAAGUCCAACAUAAAACGGUCGAAGUAAAACUACAUAAAAACGGCGAAAAAAAUGAAAGUAAUCCGAUUAUUUAUGUAACUACAAAAACUGGGGCGAAAAAAUUUAAAAAAAGUAUGGAUGUAAAAAAAGAAUUAAUUAAAAAGGAGAUUACAUCAACACCUCAAGGUGAUUCAGAAGAUUUUAAGGAAGAAAUGAAAGGAGAAAACCCGAUUAAAGAAAUUUCAACGAUUAAACCACAAAUAAUUAACGAAAAUAAUAAAAAAGAUAAUAAGGGAAAUGAAGAAAAUAAAGAUGAAAUUAAUGAUGAUGAUGAUGAAGAUCGUUCAAAAUAUACAGUUAGUAUUGAUGAUAUGAUCUCAACAACUCAACCCCCAUUAAUUUCAAGCACAAUAAUUUCGAAAGAUUUAGAAUUAAUUAUAGAUGAACUCAACAAAACCAACAAUAAUAAUGGCUCAUUUAAAAUUUCUCCUAAACAAUUCGAUGAAACAUCCUCAGAUAAACCAGAUGUUGAUUUUCAAGAUGAUAUCGCAAAUUUUGAGGGUACUGGUGAACCGAAAGAUACACCGGAAGUUCAACCAAGACCAAAUCGACAACGGCAAUUGACGAGAAAUCAACGGAAAACUUUUUAUCCCUAUUUUUUCAGUAGAAUGCUCGGUUGAAAUGCGGAUUAAAUUAAAAAAAAAAUGUUUCGAAACAAAAUAAUACCACAAAACAAAAAAAAAUAGUAACAAAAAAAAUAAAUAAUCAUUUUUACUGUUUAUGUGAGUUUUUUACUAAAUAAAACAUGAUUAAAAAAAUACAGGUGCCAAAAAUUGAAAUAUGAGAUGAAAAUGAUUGAAAAACAAAAAAAAAUUGCAACGAAAUUUUUUGAUUUAAAAGAAAAAUGAGAUUUUUGAAAAAGAUUUUUCGUCAAUUACAAUGAAACUGGAUUUAAAGAGGGGUCACACGCGAGUACCAAACAUAAAGUACCAACAUUUAGGUAACAGUUAAAGAAAAAGGAACCGAAAAUGGUAUUGUUAGUUAUUGUAGUUGUAGUUUCAACAUUGAUUUUAUACCUAUAUAGAAUAUUCUAGAUCAGCUAGAUUAAUGAAUAAUGAGUAAAAUAAAAAUCAUUAGGAUAACAUAAUGUUAAAUAGAGAAUGUUUCGUUUAUUUCAGUGUUUUCUAAUAACAAUAAAGAGAUUUAAUUAUCUUGAUUAACCGCACAAGUUUAUUUUAUAGAAUCUGCAAUUAUUUAAUGAGUAUUUAAGAUAAAAUUGUAUUUCUCCAAAUUUUAUAUUUUAUAUUUAAAAUAUAUAUCCAGAAGCACUCCAAGCCUCAAAAAUGGGUGUAGAGUUGGAAGAUCAAAACCUGACAUCCCUUUACUUUGUUAAUAACCAAGUUGUUGUAGCACUUAGUGGAAACUCAUAGAAUAUCGGAAGUGGGGACUGAAUAUCAAUAUAGAUAUGACAGAAUAUAUAUGGUAAUACCAAUGACGCGACAGAUCUUGAACUAAAAAUAAACAACAAAAUAGGAACUUGGGUUCAAGGGAUUAGACAGAUUAUGACUGUAAUGCAAACAAUAAUACAAAAUAUGAGAUAACAGGAGAUUUUAGGCUUUAACAUAAGUUUGGGCAUAAUUGGAGACAUUUUGUACGUAUGAUGAAGAUCAGACGUGUAUUAAAUUCGAUUUUAUUUGUGAAAUAAUUGCAAAGAUAAGACACCAUAUUAAUAUUAAUAAAACUUGUGGGAUUAUUCUUUAUUGUUAACAGAAAAACGCUCCUUUUAUUUUAAUAUUUAUUAUUAGUGUUGAUAAUAAAAGGCGUUAGAACCAUCAUAUUUAUUAAUAGAUGGGUAGUUUUAGUUUGAAAAGAAUUUUUGAAAGGAAAGUUUUUUUUAACACUGACAUUUCAUCAUUACAGAUUUAUAAUGAAUUUUUUAGAUUACGUUUCAAGGUUCCCUUCACAAAAAUUUAGUCAUAUUUCUUAUUUUCUAAUUAAGAUUUGAAAUAUUUUAUGAAUCAAAACUUUCCUUAAAAGAAAUCUUAAAAAAAUAUUACUAGAUGUAAUAACCUAAUUACGUUAGAUACAAAAAUAGACUUUUUGAGCUA